UGUACUGCGCAAAUGCAAACAACUGGGAUCGGGAAGGCUGUUGCUAGCUAGUCGAUUGACCGAUUUGCUACAGUAGGAUCAUCUGACAAGAGGAUUCCAAUGACGAGAUUAACAACAGGGAAGAUUUUGGAUGGUAACGCUGUAACGUUAUUCAGAGAAUCUCGGGUGGAGGCGAGUUGAAAAUCAAAGUAGUUAUUCAAUCCUAACACACUGCUAACCUUAGGCAGUAUUCUAAUGGAAAUGGGAGAGUAGGCUAGCUACAAGGUAAACCAACAAGCGGAAACUGCGGCCAAGGAAGAACAGGCAAAGAAAACUAAGAGAAAGCUCUUGCCUUCAAAGCAUUUAAAACGUGACGUGUCGUUUUUGGCUGUUAUGUGGACAUUGGUAUAUUAUCCGUUAAAUUGUUCAAUAACGUUAGCUAAGUUAGUCUAAUGUAAGAGCAUUUGAGUGCUGUGCUAACGUUAGCUAGCUAUAGAUACGUAGCUCUAAGUUGCAACUCUAGUUAAAUAUGUUUGGCUAAACAACAGGCCUUGGAAAUCGCUUAACUUGUCUACCUAGCCGUAGUUUAUGUAUAUAGCGAUUAAAUUACUGUUUUAAGUACGAAACGUGAACCUCAAAAGUGCAUACACAGCUAGCCAGCCACCUUGUUCUGUUUGAAGGUAACUUAAGUUAUAACGUUGGGUAUUAGCUAUUUCUACGUUAGCGAUCUACCACUUGGCAUUUAAUUUGUGUAGUUAGCGGUGCCGUCUGUUAAAUUGGCAUAGGCAACUAGCUAACGUCAGGUGAAUGUGUCAGGUUAUGGAGAUAUUUAGCUAAAUUAGCAAAGUAAUGCAAAUAAUGUGGCUAACGUUAAUAGUUUAGGAACUGUCAUACUACCUAACUAGUUUCACAAGUUGAAUAACCUUACUUCAAUCUACCUAGCUAAUGUCGCUUCGGUAGCGAUCACCUUCCUACAAUGAGAAGACGGCGCUGAAAAAAACGCAUCAACGAGUACUUGCUAACGUUAUACUAAACGAUUGAACUCGCGUCCGAUCGCUUCCCCAUUUGGUAGCUAAUCGGACAAGAAAGUACGCUAUAAACGUUUGCUUUUUAGCUAACUCGGAUUUUGGGAGUAACAUUGAAGCUUGCGGACAUGGAUACCGACCAAGAAGAGAAUGGUGGCCAAUCUGCAGAUUCUGGUAGUUUGCUAGGGACCAAAGAAAGUCUAGCAGACGGAGAAAGCUCCAUCGGCUCUGACUCUGAGAUCAACGGCUUUACAGUCGACGACAAGCAACCAGAUAAAUAUGGAUUCAUUGGAGGUGCACAGCAGGACAUAAGCGACUCGGCCGCAGACAUCCCACCAGAGGUGCUGAGGCAGAGGGAGGGGAAAUGGCUGGACAUGCUCAACAACUGGGACAAGUGGAUGCUCAAGCGACACAAGAAGGUGCGCUUGCGUUGUCAGAAGGGGAUCCCGGACGCGUUGCGGGGCCGCGCCUGGCUCUAUCUCUCCGGGGGAAAGGUGAAGCGGGAACAGAACCGUGGGAAGUUUGAGGAGUUGGACAGUCAGGAGGGGGACCCUAUGUGGCGGGAUGUGAUUGAGAAGGAUCUGUACAGGCAGUUUCCCUUCCAUGAGAUGUUUGUGGCGCGAGGAGGCCACGGGCAGCAGGACCUUUACCGCGUGCUGAUGGCCUACACACUGUACCGGCCUGAGGAGGGCUACUGCCAGGCCCAGGCUCCCAUCGCUGCUGUCCUGCUGAUGCACAUGCCUGCAGAGGAUGCCUUCUGGGGGCUCGUCCAGAUCUGUGAGAAGUACCUCCCAGGAUACUACAGCGCGGGCCUGGAGGCGAUCCAGCUGGACGGGGAGAUCCUGUUCGCCCUGCUGCGGCGCGUCUCGCCCGUGGCCCACCGCCACCUGAAGAAGCACAGCAUCGACCCCAUCCUGUACAUGACGGAGUGGUUCAUGUGCGCCUUCUCCCGCACCCUGCCCUGGGCCUCGGUGCUGCGCAUCUGGGACCUGUUCUUCUGCGAAGGCGUGAAGAUCAUUUUCCGGGUGGGGCUGGUGUUGCUGAAGUGCAUGCUGGGAACGCAGGAGAAGCUGAAGGCGUGCCAGGGUCAGUAUGAGACCAUGGAGCUGCUGCGCACACUGGACCCGCGCUACCUGCAGGAGGGCUUCCUGGUGCGAGAGGUGCUGGAGGUGCCGGUGUCCGAGCGGGACGUGGAGAAGGAGCACCAGACACAGCUGAAACGCUGGAUGGAGAACCGCGGCGAGCUGCGCUACAAAUCCCCUCCCAGAAUGCACGGCGCCAAGGCCAUCAUGACCGCCGACCCCCCCAGCCGCCAGGACCUGAGGCAGAACCCCACCAUCAUCGUGCAGAACCCCCUAGACUACGAACCGCACCUGCAGUCCAUCCCGCAGCCCGACGCGGAGGACGACUGGACCAAGGGGAAGAAAGCCAGCGUGAGAAAGAGCAAGGAAGAGAAGAAAGAGAAAAAGGAGAAAAAGGAGAAGAUUCACAGUUGGAGGAGUAAGAAGGCAUCUCAGCAGGACAUUCCCAACCCCUACGCCCUGCCCAAUGAACCGUCGCCCCUCCUCAACCACACGCCACGUCAGGGCUCAGACCAGAGCCUUAGCGGCUCUGAACUCGACACCUACCUGUAGCUCCCUCCUGUGGCGGGAGUGUGACAGUGCAACUCUCGAGCUGCCAAGAGAGGGAGGAGCAAAGCUGUAAAACUGUUCUCACUGGCACCUCUCAACAUCUCCAACAGAUCCUCCUCCUCCUUCUCUUUCUGCUCCUCCUCUGCCCCUCCCAUCUUACAGAACAUUCCUGUUCUUCACACUUGUUAUAGGCCGCCUACACUGUGACUCUCAGAUCAGAGCUUGCCCUUAAAUGGGAGAAUUCAAUUUAAAAAAUGUUGUGCUGCUGAGGUGGAGACUUUCUCUGUACCUCUUGUUAACAGCCAUGGCUGCAACACGGCUUUCUCGCUGGUGAAAUGUUGUUGCUAUAAAUUGUGUGAAAUCCAAGAGGGCCAAUAAUUUGCCUCUGAUCUGCCAAUCUUAUGUAGGUUAUCAUGUAAUCAUACAUACCAUCUUAGCUAGUGGACCAAGGUUUCCUCUGUCGUUCGGAUUUUAAUCGCUUCUGGUGCACAACAGGAAUAAUUAAGCAUUCCAGUCUUGUUCUUUCACAUUGGAGGUCAGUAUUUGUCAGUAAUUUCCCAAAUACUGUGGUAGAGACAUGGAAUGAUUUUACUUCAGGAAACCACCAAGGUAUAAGGUAUACAUAGCAUGGGAAAACCAUUCAAAGUUUCAGAAAUUACACUGUCAACAGUGUAAUUUCACUUCACACAUUCAACACAAGAGUGCAGCUAGCACCCCAAUGCACAAUAUGACUAUGUAGCAGUCACGUGCCUGGCACUUUUUCCACUGCACAUUGUCCGUGUAAUGCUGACAUAAGGUGGAAAGUACACCGUGGUCUUCCUUAAAAUCCUGCCUUUAAGAGCUUCAGGAAGAGGACAUAGACCUUUUUUGGGCUGGUGGAUAUUUCAUCUCCAAACCAAAUAUUCAGGGUCUUUGUUUUUUGGGUUGGGAGAGGGGGGUUCUUUAUGCUCAUUAAUAUGUGGUCCUACCCACCACCCACUUCCUAAGUGUGUGGCAAGUGGCUGUGCCACACCCGUUAGUGGUGCGGUUUGUGUGUGGGGAAUAAUGGGAGAUCAGUUUAACACAGCCGGACAGAGUUGAAUGUACUUACAGUUUGAGGGUGCAUUAUCCGUGGCUUUCUCUGGGCCAGACAUUGUAAAGACCAGGCCGACUAGUCCAGGGUAUCCCACGUGCUAAGAGUCAUAUAAAGAGGUAGGAUUCACCCAUGUGGAUAAGUCAGUCAGAUCGUACAUUAAAGCGCAACUGACAAAAACUUACAUAUGCAAGUGCAAGAAAGUAUGUGUUUGUUUGGUUUUAUUGUGCACUGGUGCUUUGCAUUCAGAUUAUGUUUCCAGUGUAAGUCAAGGCAACCAGACUCAAGGGAACCAUGAACCUUUGUAAACCUCUCUUGGAACCUUUCUUAAAUUUUCAACUGAAAUCUCUUGGUUUUAUUGUUAUUCUUUUCAUUCCUCCCUGAUGUGCAUUCAUGUUUGGAGUGAUGUUACACACUGUUUUGCACAUUUGCAGGUGUACAACAAGCCAAGCCAGCAAACCAUGUUUAUAAAAUAUCUGGUAUCAAAAAUCUAACAUUUCUUAAGAUCAUUUUUUUCCAAUACUGUAAAGGCAUGUUGUAUAUAACAAUCUUAAAACUUUACAUUGCUUUAUUUGAAUUAGAAUGCUGAGACUGUUAUGACACUAUAUAUUUAGAUUUAUAAAUAAAAGAAGCACUUUUAUAUAGCUUCUUCAGACAAAUAUUUGGGAAGAGUGUGUAUAAACUGUUUGUUGAUUUUGCUUCCCUUGGGAAUUGAGUGUUCAGAAUUAUAAUUUUACUGCUUUAUGUUACUGAAGAUAUUGUAUGCAUGUGCAACUGAGGUAGUCAGGCUGGAAGAGGGCUUUGUUUUUGUAGCCUGACCACAAUCAUAGGUCAAAGGUCAACAUGUUUACCUUGAUAAUGUAAGGUCUAGUCAGGAGCCAAAAUGAAUGAUCAAAGAGUCACCCUUUUAUAUGCUGUAUUCAAAACACAAAAACAAGGCCAAGGUUAUGCAACUACAAGAUUUUAUAUAUAUAUAUGUUGGGUUUAUUUUUUUUGUCAGCACCUUCGCUGAAGGGAUUGUUACGAAGGGGUGUCCCAGGAUGCAUCUGUCCUUCAUGUGUUUUGUUCCAUAUAUACAGAAUUACUAUAUUGGUUGAGUCCAUUUAGAGAAAUGGCCAUAAUUUAAAGGUUGGCAGAUUCCAACAACAUGUAUGAGAACUACGUCAGCCCAUUCCUAAAGGCAUAUUCUUUAGUACGGUGUGAUGUACAUAACACAGGACUUUGUUGGUUGUACGUGGGCACUAAUCUCUCCCAUUGUUGCUCUGUUGAAUUAAAGCCAAACAAUCAUGUUGCUGUGAUGGAUGGGUCAGAUCAGAUGGCCACUGACCUUGAUGCCCACAUGCUGCACAGUUAUGAUCUGCUCAAUGUUCAUUGCUGUACUUAAUAAACAUUUUUUGUGCUUGUU